CCCUCGUCGAGAUAGUAAUACUCCGGUGUUCGGCGGUGGUGGUUCGACAAAAAACGCAGCAUCAGACGCUGUCACGUGUUUCCUUCAGCGCACAGGAGAUUCAACAACUUCUCCAUGUGUCGUUUACUACUGGUAACUGCAUUUACUUACGCGGUUAGUGUGGUCUCAAGCCGAGGAAUUGCGCCGCUGGAAGGACCCCUUUGGUCCUCUAAUCUAGCACAAGACAUUACGUCACAGGAUGAUCAGCUACAGUUUUUACCGGAAAUAUUCGAGCAACGAUAUUCGCCUCAGGAGAUCUACAACCCAGACGAGGAUUACAACAUAAUUCAGCGAGGUCCGCCGAACAGCAAACGUGCCCUGUCCAUGUUCUCCCGCUGGAAGUUCAUCGACGACAUCGGAAAAGAACGGACCCCCAUCAGGAGCAAAGCCUACUAUCCGGAGGUCGAGGGGAUCAACAAUCAAGUAAGAAGUAAAAUGCUGGGACAGCCGCUGAGGUGGGGCUAAAAUUGAUGCUACGAAAGAAUUAUUUAAAAUAAAAUACAAAGACAACAGCGAUAAUGGCGACUCGAGUUAUUUAGAACAUUGUGAAAGUAUCUUCUAGUUUAGUAAUACCUAUUUAACUAUAUAACUAUUACAUAUGCAUCUUAAAAUUACUAAAUUAAACUUAUAUGUAUAGUACAUUUACCUCAUAGAUUAGAUAUAAAUUUGUUCCACUUAUUAUAAUAAAUAAUUAAUAAUUACUUUCUUUAAUUUCAAAAAAUAUAUCAAUCAAGCAUACUAAUAAUUUAGUUUAUAUUCAUUUCCAAAUCAUCACACACAAAUCUUCCAGAGUAUGUACGAUAAAUUUUAUAUUUACUCUGAUAUAAGUAAAUAUGACUGAAACAUUAAUAUUGUAAAAGGACAAUGAAUUAACCCUAUUUCGAAAUUGAAAUUUUCGUAAUUUUUUAAUUAUUAUUAUUUUUAUUUUAGAUCAUAUUAUUUAUAAAUAUUUCAGAUUGAUAAAAUAAUGAAAACUUACUUAGUACCAAUCACAUAAUAAAUAUGACAAUUACUUACUAAAUAUUUUAAUAAUUUUUCACUAUCCUUAUCAAUAUUCGUACUUAAAUUAUGUUUAAAAAAACACGUUUUAAAAUAACAGUAAAAGUAUUUUAGUUACUUAAAAUUAUACUUCAAAUAAAAUACAGAAAUAAGUUAUACUUCAAAAUUAUCAUAACAAAUUCGAAUCAACAUUUGGUAAAUUGUUUAGAUCAAUUAGGCCUAAUGUUUUCUAAAACGGCUCUAAUUUUUUACACCUUUCACGAUGAUCUAAAACGGAACGUCCGAAAAUCGUCUAUAUAAAAGACUGUGUGAAUCUAAAAUAUAAUUUAAUGUAAAAUAUAUCUUAUGCAAUAAACAAAAAUAUGUACGCCUGUGUAUGUUUAAUUUGUGUUAUGUAAAAUAUACAAUUCUGUAUCUAUUAAAUGUUAUA